AUGACCCUGGUCGUCUUUGUCCCAGCACCAGGGAUUGGUCACCUUGUAUCAGUCAUGGAGUUUGCAAAACGUUUGCUUGAUAGAGAUGACAGUUUCUCCACCACAAUGCUUCUUAUGUCCCCACCAUUUGCACAUAAUGCAGCUGCAACAUAUGCUGAGAAACUUAAUGUAACUCAUCCUGAGUUUCAAUUCCUAGGUCUUCCUUCUGUGACCCCGCCACCCCUAGAAGAUGUUCUAGCUUGUCCUGAACAUUUUGUUUCAAUUUUCAUUGCUGAUCAUAGAGAUCAUGUUAAGGAUGCAAUUUUCAACAAUGUUUUGUCCAACAAGUCACCUGGUUUGGUUCUUGAUUUGUUUUGUACUCCCUUUGUUGAUGUUGCAAAAGACCUUGGUGUUCCUUCUUAUAUUUUCUUCGCUUCUGGUGCUGCUUUUCUUGGUUCUAUGCUUUACCUUCCUGAUAGAUUUGACAAGGGAGGGAUCACCUUCAAACCAACUGAUCCUGACUCUAUCAUCCCUGGUUACAUCAACCCAGUUCCCUCCAAGGUUUUGCCAAGUUUGUUGUUCCAUGAUGGAGGGUACUCAACUUUUGUGGGCCAUGCUAGAAAAUUCAAGGAGGUAAAGGGUAUUAUUGUGAAUACAUUUGCUGAGCUAGAAUCCCAUCCUGUUAACUAUCUUGAUGGUGAGGCAAGUGUACCCCCAGUUUUUACACUGGGGCCAGUGGUUUGUCACGAGGGCAACAGUGCAGAAGCUGAUGGGAACCAACGUGAUGACGAUGAGUUCAUGAAGUUUGUUGAUGCUCAGCCAGAAAAGUCUCUGGUGUUCUUGUGCUUUGGAAGUCAAGGGAGCUUUAGUGAGCCUCAAUUGAAAGAGAUUGCACUUUAGUAAUGUUGUGAAGGCUGACAAAAUAGCAAAAGCUGUGAAAGAUGUGAUUGAAGGUUGCAAUAAAUUCGUCAAAUUGCUAACAAUUAAUUGUUUUGCUUGGAGAUGAAUCUUGCUGUUUGAAUAUUCGGGGCAUUAACCUUGGCCACAUUCUUUAGAUAUGCAGUGCAACA